AGGAUGCAAUAAAGUACUUUACUAACAAGAAUCUGUUGUUUUAAUAGCAAUAUAUUGGAUAUUCUUGAAUGUUUUUGGAAGUUUGUGCUGAUAUACAGAUGGCACUUUGCUGUAGCUUUGACCAUUGUACUUUAUAUAUUGGGAAAAGAAUUAACAAAGAGGAAUAUAAAGUAAAUCUAAUUUUAUUGUUAUUAUUAUUAUUAUAGCAGUAACGUGUUCAACUGCAUAACACAACUGGUCAUGUGAUGUCAACAUGGCAGCGGCCAGGAGGGUGAGACCCACUUCAUGUAGCAUGCCUACAAUAAAAUAUUUUUCUGGAAAAGUGCCCUGGAGUUGUAAUCGUAUUUUAAUUAUAUUUCUUCCUAAAAUGCUGUUCAUUUACUUAUGUUUAAAACUUUUUUAAUAAACAAAAAUUACUGAGUGCCCCUUUACUAUUUAAUUUAAGUGAGGUUUUGAAAACAUUUAAUAAUGUUUCUUAAGUGACCUUUGGGAAAGCUAAAUUCUCCAUAAUCUGAUCUUCUAGCAAACCUGGCGUGGCCACAACUGUCCUCCCUCCGAGCUCGGUGAUGCUGAGAAGAUCUCAAGCGGCACAGCACCUCCUCUCCUCCCUCAACGGCGCGCACGGCACCUCCUCGCCUUCAACACUUGGAGUAGACGGAAUGGUUGCACUACUUGCAUUGUAACUGAGGCUGCAUCAGGCUGUACGCGUAAAACCAUUAAGGACAAGAACAACUGGACAUGAAUAAAGCGAUGCCAUCUUGUGACGAAACCUCAAUCCAGUUGCGAAAGGAGCAGGAUGAAUUUAGUGCUCUCCAGAUUCUUGGCAUACCUUCACGUCGGGCUCCAGGUCGCUCUCCAGAUGUUUAUUUACCCUUGUCAUCUGCAUCCCCAGCCCUGUCACAUCCUGGCACGCAUUGGGCACACAGUGCGCUUGGGUGCGCUCCUGCCGACCCGCCAGCAGUCCAGGAUACAGGGCGCCCUCAACCGCGCCCUGGUCCACCUCCGGCAAAGUGGAAACAACUUCUUGCCGUACAAUCUAAGCUUGGAAGUAUUGUCCCGAGAGCCGCUCAAUGGAGACCCGGAGUCCAUGUUCAGGUGCGUGUGUCAGGAUAUCGUUGUUCAGGGAGUCUCGGCUGUGCUUGCGUUCCCUCAGAGCCACGAGGAGCUCAUACAAGUGGAAUUCAUGUCCUCGUUUUUGGAAAUACCUUUCAUCAGCAUCAUUGAACAGGGCGAACCUCUUAAGACACAGAACCGCUUCCAUUUACAGAUGAUGACACGUACGCCCCCUUCAAGACUUUCAGAGCUGCUGUUGGCGGUGUUGUUAAAGGGAGGCUGGCAGGGUGGAGCGGCCAUUCUUUGUCCGGGAGGUGGGAAUACGGGAAUGCUGGAAGAGCUUGAACAGCGGGGCCAUCUGGGCUUGAAUGGAGCCCACUGGCACCUGUGGGAGACCCUCAACCUGUCCAGACUGGAGGAAAACUUAAGCGAGGACAAGGUGAUGGAGCUCCUCUUGCAGCUCCUCGGCAGGACUCCUUCUGCUCCGGCGUCUUCUGUGGUGCUUUUCGGCUCCGAUCCUGAAUGUACAGCCAGAGUGCUGCACAGAGCCCACCAGUUGAGCAUUGCAUUGCCCCCCAUGCACUGGAUCAUGGGAUAUCCACUUAGUCUGGAUUCUCUACACUCUAUUGGCUCUCCCCUGGGUCUUCUGGCUUAUGGAGAAGUGAAUCGCAAGCCUCUAAAUUUCUACAUUAGAGAUACCCUGCAGCUUAUUGGCAGGGCUGUAUAUGCUGCGACCAUGGUGAGACCAGACCUGGCUCUCAUCCAGAACAUGGUGAACUGCUUCGACAAGCCCAAUAAACAUGAGUUGCCCUCCUCUGGACAAUACCUUGCCAGGUUCUUAUGGAACACUUCUUUCACGGGGCUGACAGGCCCGGUGCGAGUCCAGCGCUCCCUCUCCAGGGUCCUUACCUCCCAGCGCUUCCACAUAUGGAGUUUACAGCGAGACCCUCUGGGCCAGCCAAGUUGGGUCACUGUGGCAAGCUGGCAGUCGAGUCGUCUGGAAUUGGAAGAACAGGUCCUGUGGCCAGGCAUGACCCAACACCACUGGGAGGACGGCCCAGAGAUCAGGCCCGGCGGCCGCUGGCAAGCAGGACUCCCAGUGGCAGGGAGCAGAGUGCGGGUCGUGACCUUGGUCGAGCACCCGUUUGUGUUCACACGGGAGGUGGACGAGGAGGGCCAAUGUCCGGCAGGUCAACUGUGCCUUGACCCUCAAACCAACAGCUCAGAAGUCCUCAACCAGCUGUUCAAAGAGCUGGAGCAAACCAACAGCAGUUCACUGCCAAAUUACAUGCGGAAAUGCUGCUAUGGAUACUGCAUCGACUUGCUGGAGAAGUUAGCUGAGGACAUGCACUUCCAGUUUGACCUUUACAUCGUAGGCGAUGGAAAGUACGGGGCAUGGAAAGGAGGCAGAUGGACUGGGUUGGUGGGCGACCUGCUCAGUGGCAAGGCGGACAUGGCCGUCACCAGCUUUAGCAUCAACUCCGCUCGAAGCCGAGUGAUAGACUUCACCAGCCCGUUCUUCUCCACCAGUCUGGGGAUCCUGGUGCGCAGCAAGGACACGGCUGCACCCAUCGGUGCCUUCAUGUGGCCGCUUCACUGGUCCAUGUGGGUGGGCAUCUUUGUGGCACUGCAUAUAACUGCUCUUUUCAUCACCCUUUACGAGUGGAACAGUCCGUUUGGCAUGACUCCGCACGGACGCAACCGCAUCAGGGUCUUUUCUUAUUCAUCUGCCCUGAACCUCUGCUAUGCCAUCCUGUUUGGCCGGACCGUUGCCAGUAAAACUCCGAAGUGCUGGACGGGCCGCUUCCUCAUGAACCUUUGGGCCAUAUUUUGCCUGCUGGUUCUGUCCAGUUACACAGCCAACCUAGCAGCUGUCAUGGUGGGGGAGAAGACCUUUGAGGAGGUGUCAGGGAUUCAUGAUGUCAAACUCCAUCACUCGUCUCUGGGGUUUCGCUUCGGCACAGUUCGAGAGAGCAGUGCUGAGGACUAUGUGAAAAAGAGCUUUCCUGAGAUGCACGAAUACAUGAGGCGCUUCAACAAGCCCACCACUCCGGAUGGAGUCUCUACACUCAAAACAGAUCCCCCUCAGCUAGAUGCUUUCAUCAUGGAUAAAGCUUUGCUGGAUUAUGAGGUGUCCAUAGAUGCAGACUGCAAACUCUUGACUGUAGGAAAACCAUUUGCUAUUGAAGGAUAUGGGAUCGGGCUGCCCCAGAACUCCCCACUCACUCGCAAUGUGUCUGAAUAUGUCAGUCGCUACAAGUCUGAAGGUUACAUGGACAUACUGCAUGACAAGUGGUAUAAAGUGGUUCCCUGUGGAAAGAGGGUUUUUGCUGUGACAGAGACUCUGCAGAUGGGUAUCCAGCAUUUCUCGGGGCUGUUCGUGCUGUUGUGUGUGGGGGUGGCAGGUGCUUUACUCACUCUGCUGGGAGAGCACACUUUCUUCAGAUUCAUCCUGCCUCACCUCCGCCACCAGCAGAGAUUCAAAUACUGGCUCCACACCAGUCAGAAAAUCCACCGUGCAUUAAAUAUGGGUUGUGAUGAUGAGAGGAAAUCAGAGUUUGAGAGUAGUGACAGAUGUCCCACCUUGUGCCUGUCAGAGAACUGUAAUCUCCACCGCCUGCCACCCCCCACUUCUUCUCCUCCGCCCUCCACCUCCUCGACUUCCCCUUCCACUUCUACAACCAAGUGGAACAAUCAGAGAGCCAAGGUCGGCCGAGAGGCCAAAGAGCAUAACAAGCGUGUCCACUUCAACUUGGAGACUCUCAACAGCUACCAACUCCAAGCUCCGCCCACUGGGCCAGAAAGGGGUAGGCGGGGGUUGGUGGGAAGCCCGCCCACCCAGUUGUGUUCCAACGGUGGUCCUAAUCCCAGUCUCAGCCUGGUGCUCUCACCCCCGGCCUGUUCUGGACUCUCAACACCAUGGGAAGAGGAGCUGCGGGAGCUUCAAGGGAGAAUCGAGGAGUUUCGGGGCCAGCUCAGGGCCGCCCUGGCCAGGCGAGCCGAGCUCCAGCAGACACUGGACAGACAACGGCUCAGUCAAUCUCAAACAAGCUCGGCAUCUAAUCCCACCACCACGACUACCACCACCAACACCCUGACCAAAGACAUCAACAAGGGGAGGUGAUGUACGGUACAUGUCGGGAGACUUACAAAGACAGUGGCUAUGAGGGGAUACGGGACGUCCUCUCACCUGAGAAGUCACGCCACGCUGUUUUCCGCUUUCUCCUUUCUCAGUGACUGCUGGAGUGCUGCAGUGAUGGAUGAAACACUCUCUGAUGGUGAUUCAGCAUGUAAUCCUGAAGUCUGGCUGACUUCCAGCUCCAGAGAGAAAGCAUUUAUCUGUGUGUGUGUGUGUGUGUGUGUGUGUGUGUGUGUGUGUGUGUGUGUGUGUGUGUGUGUGUGUGUGUGUGUGUGUGUGUGUGUGUGUGUGUGUGUGUGUGUGUGCGUGUGUGUGCGCGUGUGUGCGCGUUUAAAGCCAGGCAACUGGACAGAGAACAGACACUUAAUGCCACCAUUCACUGACGACCAAGGUGAAUAUCUGCAUCUGCAGACAUCCAACAUGAAAAUGGCUUCAUUUUGUAAAUAAUUCAAUGGGAUUAUUUAGUGGGAUAAGCAACAAUGCCUCGGACGGUAGGGCUAUGGACCACCCACAGUCCGCUCAAUGACUGCCUGAUGCAUAUUUCACGUAAAAAUAACAGCUCCAGAUCUGAUUGGCAGGUGUUUAGCAACUUCUGGGAAUAAAGACACAAAGGUUUUUUUUUUUAAUCAGUCGUCAUGCUCAAGUUAAGGGUUGAUACAAUUAUCAUUUCUGAGGAGGAACUAACUAAUAAAAGUUUGGAAGGUUAAUAACAUCAGGGUUUGAGGCUUGGGGCACUUAGUAACAAGUCAACUAGACAUCCACGAGCAGAACUAUAUUCAAAGAAUUUUAAUGCAGAAAUUCAGAGUCUAUUCACAUUUUUCUGCUAUUUUUGAGGUGUUUUCUAUACAACCAUUGACAGAAAUAGUCAGAAAUGAAUUGAAAUUACAGAAUAAAUAAUUGAUACUGUGGCCACAAAGAAUUCAUUCCCACACAUUUUUUUACAUUUUAUUUCAUUUUCAUUCCCUCAUUUUAGUUCAGUUGUGGCCACUGUGUAAAAAUUAGUUCCCUUAUUUUAGUUAAAUUAUGGCCACAUUGUAGUAAUUUGCUCCCUCAUUUUAAUUAAAACAAGACAACAAAUUAGUACAACAUAGCUAUGUUUUAACUACAACAAGCGAACCAAUGAAUAAGUUGUGGCCACAAUAUCUUAUUUUUUUCCUCUGUGCAGUGCUCUGUAUAUUUAUAUUAGUAUGAUUUCAGAUAACCAUGGUCCUAAAAGGCCACGUAAAAACAAAUGGACUGUGGCUGAUUGUUUUACAGGUCAAUCAGGUAUACUCUUCAUGUCUGAGUGGGCGGUUCUCUGCCAAAAUAAGCUGCCAUGGACCAAACUUUACAUUUUAAUUAAAACGUUACUUGUCUUGCUGUGGUGUACUUUUUCCACACUUAUAAUGUUUGAAUAAAUAUACCACUUGCUUGUGUGUUUUAAUGGUGAUAAAAUAUGAUUCUGUUUGAGAUGUUUGAUCCUCAAAUGUC